AGUGUAAUCUGCGCGCAGUUUGGACUACCAUCAUCACCGGCAGUGCGCCGCGGACCCGUACCGUACCGUAUCGCUCUCUCCUGGAGCCACUUCUCGGACUUUAGCCGUCUCUUCACCAAGACAGGAUCGUGAACAUGAGCACCUUCUCCGUGCCUACCUUUUUGGCCGUGUACCUGGCGCUGUGCGGGGGCUACCUGCGGAACGCACGGGCGGGCUCCGUUGUGCUCAAUUCGAACGCGAUCAAGAACCUACCCGGUGGCGGAGUUUCACACCCGAGCCUGUCGGUCAGCGUCAGUCCCCGCGCAUCACCCGCGGUUGGCGGCGUUGGUCAAGUGGGAGCCACUGGCACCUCAUCGCCCUCAAGCUGCAAGGCAGACCGGCAGUGUGGAGCCAAUGAGUUCUGUAACGAGUCCCGUGGCGCAUGCCUACCGUGUCGUAAACGCAGGAAGCGGUGUGGCCGUGACGCCAUGUGCUGCGCAGGGAACCGGUGCAUUAAUGGUGUGUGCCAACCCGCUGAAAUGGAUGUCCAACCCCGCGGUGGUGCUGAUGACGGCACCAAACUCGGAGGCAACCCAAAGCACGGGCAGAACGUCACCGGUGCGCCGAAAAAGAAAACACCCAGCCAGGGUCACAAAACGCCCAAAGGCGGUGAUGGGGAGACGUGCCUUCGGUCGUCCGACUGUGGGGAAGGGCUGUGUUGCGCGCGACACUUCUGGACGCGCAUCUGUAAGCCCGUACUGACAGAGGGACAGGUGUGCACUAGACACCGCCGCAAAGGCGGCCAAGGCCUGGAAAUCUUCCAACGGUGCGACUGCAAGCCGGGACUCACCUGCCGAGUUCAGAAAGGAGCCCGACAGCAUCGUGAGCAGCAGCAGGAGCAGCAGCUGCAGCAACAGCAGCAGCAACAGCAGCAACAGCAGCAGCAGCAGCAACCAAGACAAGAGAGACACAGAGACUUACACACCUGCCAAAGACGCUGAGGCGCUCCAGACACAGUGUCGCCACACACACACACACACACACACACACACACACACACACACACACACACACACACACACACACACACACACACUUGCUUGGGUCCCUAGGGAAUGCAGGGGGUGGACGCAGCGAGGGGUGAGAUGAAAUCCAACGCUGCGGAAGGAUGCGACGAUAGAAACGGACUGAUCGGAUUUCUCGGAUGGGAUGGGGAGAAAACGCCACAGCGAGCGGAAAUGUCGCAUCGGAUACUCUGCUUCUGAUAUGCUGCUUCCUGAUGGCCAUCGGAAAAAGAAAAACUGCGGAGUAAUUUAGUUUCCCUUUAUAAGGAAUUUGAUCCUGUCAAUAUUGCAGUAAAUUACUGUAUUGUAAAUACUAAACUAGAAGUGGCGCUUUGCUUGACUGGUGGAUUCAGUAACACUACUAGCCUAAUAUAAGAUCAGGAGCUGCAUGAUGCUAUUCUAGUCUAAAUGCUCUAAAACAUAUGAUUUAUAUUGUUAUUAUUGUUGUUAUUUACUACAUGUGAUAUAAAAUGCCUCUAUUUUUAUUUCUGAACAAAGAAAUGUAAAUAAUAUUGUUUUUAUUAAAGUAUACUA